CAGUAGCCCUACUUCUCCCUUUUCCCGCAAGCUGCCAUCGUGUGACCACGUUGAGUGGCUAAUAGAACAAGAUGCCGACAAUUCCACUUGUGAGUAGCAAGACCUACACGACUCCUAGGCGUCCUUUUGAGAAGGAACGUCUUGAUCAGGAGUUGAAACUGAUCGGAGAAUAUGGUCUGCGCAACAAACGUGAAGUUUGGCGUGUAAAGUACACUUUGGCCAAGAUCCGUAAGGCUGCCAGAGAACUGUUGACACUCGAAGAGAAGGACCCAAGACGUCUUUUUGAGGGAAAUGCUCUUCUACGUCGUCUGGUGCGUAUUGGAGUACUGGAUGAAGGCAAGAUGAAGCUUGAUUACGUGUUGGGUCUUCGCCAGGAAGAUUUCUUAGAGCGUCGUCUUCAAACUCAGGUGUUCAAGCUUGGGCUUGCCAAGAGUAUUCACCAUGCUCGUGUGUUGAUCCGCCAAAGGCACAUCCGUGUUAGAAAACAGGUUGUGAACAUCCCAUCCUUUGUGGUCCGUUUGGAUUCCCAGAAACACAUCGACUUCUCCCUGAAGUCCCCAUAUGGUGGUGGCCGUGCAGGUCGUGUGAAGAGGAAGAAUAUGAAGAAGGGUGGAGGUGGUGGUGGUGAUGAUGAAGACGAGGAUUAAGCUUCAAAAAAGACUCCCAUCACAUUAUCAUCAUAUUGUGCCACGAGUUGCAGAAGAAAGACUGUCUGAAUUUUGUGAUGUGGAUCAUAUUGCAUUGAAGAAUAAAUUUGUAGAAUCGGAAUUUA